AGGAGCACUGUAAAGCAGAUCCAGGCAGGAGUUUAAAGGGCAGAGUUGUAAAAACUCCAAGGCAGUGGGGAGUCGGAUUGCCUGAAGAUAGACUCCAGAAAAACAGCACCACGGUUCCACGAAGAACAAACAACUAAUGUUGACGCAACCUAACUGGAAUAAUCUUAUCCAUUACUGUUAGCUAGGAGCUGAAGAGGAGAGGAAAGCACGGGCGUUGAAUGAGCGCCAGAGGAUUUUCCUGUGAAACACCAGCACUCCUGGACACCACACAGACUAUGCAGCUCGAAAUCCAAGUAGCGCUGAACUUCAUCAUUUCAUACCUGUACAACAGACUCCCGCGGCGGCGAGUCAACAUCUUCGGCGAGGAGCUGGAGCGGCAGCUGAAGAACAAAUACGAAGGACACUGGUACCCCGACAAGCCAUACAAAGGAUCCGGGUUCAGGUGCAUCCACGUGGGAGAGAAGGUGGAUCCGGUGGUGGAGGAAGCAGCCAAAGAAAGCGGGCUGGACAUCGAGGACGUCCGCAACAACUUGCCUCAGGAGCUCAGCGUUUGGAUCGACCCUUUCGAAGUGUCCUAUCAGAUCGGGGAGAAGGGAGCGGUGAAGGUGCUCUACGUGGACGAUAGCGGAGACAACGGCUCCGAGCUGGACAAGGAGAUCAGGAACAGUUUUAACCCGGAGGCUCAGGUCUUCAUGCCAAUCUGUGACCCGGCGGGAGUCUCGUCCGAGUCCAGCUCGCCCUCGCCGCCUCCGUUUGGCCAGUCGUCAGCCGUCAGCCCGUCCUUCAUGCCGCGCUCCACCCAACCUUUAACCUUCACCACCGCCUCGUUCGCCGCCACCAAGUUCGGCUCCACCAAGAUGAAGAACAGCGGACGCAACGGGAGCAAAGUCGCACGCAGCUCUCCCACCAACCUGGGCCUGAACAUCAACAGUCUGGUCAAGCAGAAAGCCAUCUCCGGCUCCGUGCGUUCGCUCUAUGGUUUCGUCCCGGGCAGUGCAUCAGCGCUCUCUCCUAACGCCAAGGACUUCGUGUUCCCCAGCCUCCAAGGCCAAGGGGGCUCCAGCGGGGCCGUGUUCCCGAGCGAGGACCCGCUCAGUCCUCUGCAGUACUGCAAUGCCUUCGACGUGUUUGCAGACUACGGGAGCAUCAGUGACCAGUCGCUCAUGGAUGGAUUAAACCUCAGUCUCAGCAACGUGCAGUACUCAAACCAGCAAUUCCAGCCGGUCAUGGCUAACUAAUGUUCAAAUGAUUGUCGGGGAACGGCGAACACGCACAACUGUGGAUUUGGAAACAGAUCCCUGGUAGUCACUGAUAAGUUCAUGUGCCCAAGGGUGUUUGUUUCACUUUAUUUGAUUAUUUUCUCCCUUGCAUCUUUAUUUCUUUCUCUGCCCCCUUGAGUUUGUACUAAAAAACUUGUUACACACACACACACACACUUACAUGUCUGAGUUCAGUUACAUCGGUCAACAACACGCAUCGUUUUCCUUUUUGGCCAAUACAGCAAAAAAACAAGCAUUUUUACUACCUUUUGGAAGAAAAAUACUCUAAAACAUAAAAAAGAAACCGAAGCUUCAAGUUCUGGCCUCUUACCGUAUUUUAAAGUUGGUAAAACUUGGCUGAUUUUUACAAAAUUGGCACUAAUGCAUAUACAUCUGGGGUUAUGUGGUCUUUUUCUAAUUGUAUAAUUUAAUUGAGUACAGAGUUUGUAAAAUAUCAGAGUAUAUAUAUUGUUUCUACAACACUGUAUUGCGUUUAUAUCUUUUUACUACUCCAGUGAUCUGUGAUGGCUGCAGAAGCUUUAUGUUAUAAUAUAUUUUGGUUUUUCUUAAUUUUUUUAAAUUGCUAAAGAAAUUCACCUUUAAAAAUCGAUUUAAAAAAAAAAUGUGUACAGAAUAUUCCUUUAGUGUUGGAAUUUCAGUGUAGGAAUAUUUGCUUUUUUGAAACAAAAAGAGUUGUAUUUUCUGUUAAGAGUUGAACAGAUUUUUGCUAUAUUAUGGACAAUGUAAUCGUAUAGAUUGAUUUUGUACCUACAUUGUGCAAUACUUGAUAAAAUAUGGUAUAACGAAGUAUUUUGAGUCAGUGUCUUACAUGUCAAGAGGGACUGAAAUAGUUUAUACUAAGUUUGUAUUAAAAUGCUUGGAAGUAAUAAUAUGCUUGUCUUUUACUUUCUUUUUUUAUUUGAUAUUUGCACCCUGGAUUUUUUUCAAUAAAAGAAAAUUUAUGCAAAA